AUGUCGAACGAUAAAAAACAAUCGGGCCUGGCCCGUGUCUUGGGUUCUGCCUCGGCCGGUAUCUUGGAAAUCGGUGUUUUCCAUCCGGUGGACACUGUGUCCAAGAGACUGAUGUCCAACCACACCAAGAUUGGAUCUGCAGCGCAGCUCAACACAGUCAUUUUCCGGGAACAUGCGGGCGAGGCUCUUGGAAAACGUCUGUUUACUUUGUUUCCAGGUCUCGGAUACGCAGCGUCUUAUAAGAUCCUGCAAAGAGUCUACAAGUACGGUGGACAGCCAUUUGCCAAUGAAUUUUUGAACAAAAACUUCAAAGCGGACUUCGACAAUGCGUUUGGCGAGAAAACCGGUAAGGCAUUGCGUUCUGCCACCGCUGGCUCUUUGAUCGGUAUCGGUGAAAUCGUGCUGUUGCCGCUGGACGUUUUGAAAAUCAAAAGACAAACCAACCCCGAGGCUUUCAAAGGUAGAGGCUUCGUCAAGAUUCUGCAAGACGAAGGUCUCGGACUGUACAGAGGCUGGGGCUGGACAGCGGCCCGUAACGCACCUGGGUCGUUCGCACUUUUCGGAGGUAACGCCUUUGCCAAGGAAUACAUUUUGGGUUUGAAAGACUACUCCACAGCCACUUGGUCUCAAAAUUUCGUCUCUUCGAUUUUCGGCGCCAGCGCAUCUUUGAUCGUCUCCGCUCCGCUAGAUGUCAUCAAGACCAGAAUCCAGAACAAACACUUUGACAACCCAGAAAGUGGGUUCAAGAUUGUCAAAAACACUUUGAAAAACGAAGGCAUCACAGCUUUUUUCAAAGGUCUGACACCCAAGCUGCUCACCACCGGGCCCAAGUUGGUGUUCUCGUUCGCUCUAGCACAGUCCUUGAUCCCAGCUUUUGAUAAACUAGUGAGUAAAUGA